AUGCGAGGCACUAGACUUGGUGUAAGCAGUGAUCCACCACAGAUAUACCUUGGCUCACCAGGCACUAGGCCUGGUGUAAGCAGUGAUCCACCACAGAUAUACCUUGGCUCACCAGGCACUAGGCCUGGUGUAAGCAGUGAUUCACCACAGAUAUACCUUGGCUCACCAGGCACUAGGCCUGGUGUAAGCAGUGAUUCACCACAGAUAUACCUUGGCUCACCAGGCACUAGGCCUGGUGAAAGCAGUGAUCCACCACAGAUAUACCUUGGCUCACCAGGCACUAGGCCUUGUGUAAGCAGCACUAGGCCUUGUGUAAGCAGUGAUUCACCACAGAUAUACUUUGGCUCACCAGGCACUAGGCCUUGUGUAAGCAGUGAUUCACCACAGAUAUACCUUGGCUCACCAGGCACUAGGCCUGGUGUAAGCAGUGAUUCACCACAGAUAUACCUUGGCUCACCAAGCACUAGGCCUGGUGUAAGCAGUGAUCCACCACAGAUAUACCUUGGCUCACCAGGCACUAGGCCUGGUGUAAGCAGUGAUCCACCACAGAUAUACCUUGGCUCACCAGGCACUAGGCCUGGUGUAAGCAGUGAUCCACCACAGAUAUACUUUGGCUCACCGAGUAAAAUACUUGGUCUGUUCUUGCCAAUCCCGAAACAGACCAGGAAACCAGAAGCCAUUGAUAAUGACAGGGAACCCAGGGGGCCAUCGAAAAGGACCGGGAAACAAGAAGCCAUUGAUACUGACAGCAAAACCAGGGGGCCAUUGAUACUGACAGGGAAACCAGGGGGCCAUUGGUACUGA